AGUUUGUUUAGAAACUUUUAGAAAGUAUUCUAAAUCGACUUGUAUCAUCAUUCUCGGUUUAUUUCGUUUUAAAAUUGCGAGAGGAUCGGUAUUUCAUCUAUAAUCUAGGUGUUCCAUUUUAUACGAAUAAUUUCUAAUCCAGUAACCAGGAAAAAUGUCAGCUGAGGUUCAACAAACUGAAGAAUGUCUGGAUUUGUACAGGAAAUCUUUAAAAAUCAUCGAGACAGAUCACGAUGGGGCACAAUUCGAUAUGGAUCGUCCCCAUGCUUUUGUUGUAUUGGGAGCUUCAGGUGAUUUAGCCAUGAAGAAAAUUUAUCCAACUCUUUGGUGGUUAUUCAGAGAUGGUCUCCUCCCAGUAGACACAACAUUUUAUGGCUUUGCAAGAUCAGCAAUGGAUAUUAUAGCUCUACGUGGAUUGUGCCACAACAAUAUGAAGGUAAAAGAUAGUGAAUCUUCAGUUUAUGAAGCAUUCUGGAAGCGGAACUUUUACAUUAAAGGAAAAUAUGAUGACUGUCAUGAUUUUGAAAGGUUGGAUGCUGAAAUUGUUGCCCGAGAAAAAAUUAUUGCCAAUAGAAUUUUUUAUCUUGCCUUACCACCAUCUGUUUAUGAAAACGUCACUGUUAAUAUUAAAAAUGCUUGUUUGUCUAAAAAAGGUUGGACGAGAGUUAUUAUAGAAAAACCAUUCGGUAGAGACUUGGCCAGCUCUCAAGUUCUUUCCGAUCACAUCGCACGAUUAUUUACAGAAAAGCAAGUUUAUAGAAUCGAUCAUUACUUAGGAAAAGAGAUGGUCCAAAAUCUGAUGACUUUAAGAUUUGGUAACCGAAUUUUCUCACCGACUUGGAAUCGCGAUAACAUCGCCUCAAUUCAAAUCUCGUUCAAAGAACCGUUUGGCACUCAAGGUCGCGGUGGUUAUUUCGAUAACUUCGGAAUUAUUCGCGAUAUAAUGCAAAAUCAUCUUUUACAAAUCCUCACGCUUGUUGCGAUGGAAAAGCCGGCUUCGUGUCAUCCCGACGAUAUUCGUAACGAAAAAGUUAAAGUUCUUCGCUGCAUAAAACCACUUCAAAUGGAAGACGUCGUUUUGGGGCAAUAUGUUGGGAACCCAGAUGGUGAGGGUGAAGCGAAAUUAGGUUACUUGGACGAUCCAACCGUUCCUAAUAAUUCGAACACCCCGACUUAUGCUCUGGGAGUCUUGCACAUUAAGAAUGAACGCUGGGAUGGGGUUCCUUUCAUUUUAAAAUGUGGAAAAGCUUUAAAUGAACGCAAAGCGGAAGUUCGCAUUCAAUAUAAAGAUGUUGCUGGGGACAUUUUUGAAGGGCAACCAAAAAGAAAUGAAUUGGUUAUUAAAGUUCAACCUGGCGAAGCUUUGUAUGUUAAAUUAAUGGUAAAAACUCCAGGGAUGACUUUUGAUAUGGAGGAAACUGAGUUGGAUUUAACUUAUGGGAGUCGAUAUUCUAACAUAAAGUUGCCUGAUGCUUAUGAAAGAUUAAUUUUGGAUGUAUUUUGCGGCUCCCAAAUGCAUUUCGUUCGUGCCGACGAGUUGCGCGAAGCUUGGAGAAUUUUUACCCCGAUUCUUCACAAGAUUGAAAAGGAAAAUAUCGCCCCGAUUAAAUACAUGUUUGGAAGUCGCGGCCCAAAAGAAGCCGAUGACAAAGUAUUCAGCAAUAAUUUCCAAUACUCAGGCUCCUACAAGUGGAAAUCCUCUUCUUUAUAAAAUAAUAACAUAUAUCAUUUACAAUUUUAUUAGGUUAGUUCCAAAAAAUAAUUAAUCCCAGUUUCUUGCAAUGUUUCUUGUGAUAAAACGCAAAGGCGUGUUAUUUUUGUUAUGAUUAAAACGAUUUUGUACGUUUGUAAUAUUUAUUGAAACGCAAUACAUUCCAUUUUCAAUAACA